AUGAUUCCUGUAGACUUCUUCUCCAAGUAUAUUAAAGGAAAAAGCGUGGUGAAGAAGACAACGGCGGAGCUGAAAUCUGACUCGUCGGACAUAAUCUGGAAAGCGAAGAUGACAGGCCGGAGACUUAGUCAAGGCUGGGAAAACUUCGCCGUCGCUCAUGAUCUUCAAAUCGGUGACGUCGUCCUUGUUAAAUAUGAAGGAGACAUGAUCUUCCAUGUUUCAGAUUUAGGACCUAAUUUUAGUGAUGAUCAUCAAGACAAUGAGCCUCCAAGAAACAACAGUGAUGAUCAAGACGACAUAGGUAAAAAAUUGUUGAAAAAGCAUCCAAGAACAGAUGUUGAUGAUGAUGAAGGUAAUUUUACUUCUAUGAAGAAGAGGGUGAAGAAGAACAAUCCAGAAGCAGAAGCAGUUUCCUCUUCUUCUUCAUCAGACAAGUCAUGUUUUGUACCAUCCAUGGAGAAGAAUGGUCAGAAACGAAGAGCAUUGUCGUAUUUAUCAUACGCACCGUCUCAUAAGCGAUUCGUAACAUUUACACUUCCACCUGAUUAUGCCAAAAUUGAUAAACUGAGUCUUCCAAAGCCAUUCGCGAGGGAAAAUGGCAUCAACAAGCCUGGAGAGAUAUAUCUAACGGAUGAAGAUGGGACAAUAUGGCCGACAACACUUCUACGAGACACGAAAGGAUUUAUAAGACUGGGAAAAGGUUGGAAAAGUUUCGUUAUAGCAAACAACUUGACGACGAGUUUCACGCUCAAGUUAACAUGGGAAGACACAAGCACAACUCCUGUGCUUAGUUUGUGUGGUGCAGAAUCUAUCGGUGACAUAGAGCAAGAUUCUGUUCCAUCGAGCCAAAACAAAUUUGUGACAUUAACAAUGACACCUGAUAGUUUCCGAAAGAGAAGACUGCGUCUUCCAGCAAAGUUUUUAAGGGAAAAUUGCAUCAACAAGCCCGGGGAGAUAAACCUGGUGGGUAAAGAUGGCACAAAGUGGCUUGUAAACCGUUUACUUGACAAGAAAGGAACAAUGAGUUUGGGAAAGGGUUUCAUGGAUUUUGUGAAAGCAAACGACUUGAAGUUAGGAGAAUCCUUCACGUUGGAGUUGAUAUGGGAAGAUGAAACUCCUAUGCUCAGAUUGUUUCCCAAAGAGUCUAGUAGCUCAAAAGCUAAAGAGAAAGAGUCUAUUUCAAUAGAACCUAGAAGCAGAGAUUCAUACUCAGAAGUCGAUAACCGAUUCGCGACAUUAGCACUAACUCUUGAAGAUCUCAAGGCUUGUAAACUGCAUCUUCCAAGUGAAUUCAUGAAGGCUAAUGGCAUCAACAAACUUGGAAAACUAAUUAUUUUGGGUGGAAACAAAAUGGAGUUGUGUGGUUAUCUAUUGUCAAGAGAUGGUGGAACUGUUGCUUUGGAGGAUGGUUGGGAUGAGUUUUGUGAAGCUCAUGGUGUCAAGUUAGGAGAAUCUUUCACUUUAGAGUUCAUUAAUGAACAAGACAAAGCAACUCCUGUUCUUAGGUUUUGUUCUUGUUAG